AUGAGCCAAACCGCGGCCUACGAGAUCGAGCUUCUCGAUGCACAUCCACAUUUAGAACAUGGACCCUCCUUUGAUGGGGUCAAGAAUCCCCACUCACAAGCCCCUGAUGCCUUCGCCGAGACCGAGCAAUACUUUUCUGGAGGUAGUCUAAACAGUUCUGUAAAUGCAUCUACUUCGGUCCACGCUACGAUCAAUAAUACAGCCCAAGCUGAGGGCUCUGGUUUCCGCAUUGGGAAGGUUUACAUAGAAGAUAAGGUCUUCUACUUAGCUGGGUCUUGUAUGGGGGUUUUCGCAGUCGGUCUUAAUGACACUGCUACGGGAGCCAACUUGCCCUCAAUUCAAGACCAUUACCACUUACCUUACGAGGUGGUUUCUCUUGUGUUCCUUGCAGGCUUUGGAGGCUACCUAAUCUCAUGCAUGAUUAACUCCGUCCUUCAGAAUGCAAUUGGGACACGCAAUGUUUUAGUGAUGGCGGGAAUCCUGUACGGGGGUGGAUCGUUGCUCAUAUCCUUCGCUCCACCUUUCCCGGUUGUGAUGGUAGGGCUCUGCCUCAUGGGUUUUGGAGGAGGUUUCUACGAGGCUUGCCUUACCAGUGUGAUAUCUCAUUUUGAAAACAGCCGAUUCAUGAAUAUCCUGUAUGCAUUCUUCGGGCUGGGAGCACUAGUUUCUCCUUUCGUCGUUGGAGCACUGGCCAAAGCUGGCAUUGCAUGGAGGCUUUAUUAUUGGUUCCCGUUCUCUCUGGCAGCCUUGGUCACCAUCUGCCAUUUUAUGCUCUUCAAGCGUUAUGUGAUGCCAUCUGAUCACGAGGAAACAUCCGAACACAAAAGUGUACGCGCAAAGUUCAAGAAAGUGAUGCACAUACCAACGACUUGGGUUGGGAUAAUCCUGAUCAUUCUUAGCUUCGCAAUUGCUGAUACACUUAGUAAUUGGCUAACAUCAUACCUGAUCGAUGUAAAAGGCUCCGGGCCGGACGUUUCUCGAUAUCAGCUAUCCAUGUUCUGGGCUGGAAAUACGCUCCUAUUAGUAGCUACCGGUGGGGCAAUCGGUCUGCUUUGGGCUGUCAACUCUACCGUGUCCAACUGGAUUGGUAUUGCCGUUGCCGGGUUCUUUUUGGGUCCAAAUACGCCUGGAAUCUUGUCCAUUAUAUCAACUCGCGUUCCACCGAGUCUUAAGGGGAUAGCGGUUUCUAUUACAAUCGGACUGGGGCUUGUUGGGGCAACUCUUGGGCCGUUACUUUUCGGUAUUACGAUUGGGAAGGUUAAACCAGGGCUGCAUAUUCUUCCUCCCGUUAUUAUGGUGCUAGCUUCCCUCUCUGCCUUAUUUUUCUGGGCUAUCCCGCCUCGUAGGAAAGUCGAGUAA